CCGGCGGACCCCGCAGCGCCAGCGGGAGGGAGCUGCGCGCUGGGCCUGGGCGGCCCUUCUAGCCGCGCCGCCCGGCUCUCUAUGGUGCGCUGCUGCCCCGGAAGCUGCUGGCGGCGGGACGCGCUCCGGCUCCUCGCGGCUGCGGCGCAUGGCGGGCACGGCGCUCAAGCGGCUGAUGGCCGAGUACAAGCAGUUAACCCUGAAUCCACCAGAAGGAAUAGUAGCAGGGCCUAUGAAUGAAGAAAACUUCUUUGAAUGGGAAGCCUUGAUCAUGGGCCCAGAGGAUACCUGUUUUGAGUAUGGUGUUUUCCCAGCUAUCCUGAGCUUCCCUCUUGAUUAUCCUCUGAGUCCUCCGAAGAUGAGGUUCACAUGUGAGAUGUUUCAUCCAAACAUUUACCCCGAUGGGCGAGUUUGCAUUUCCAUUCUGCAUGCUCCAGGGGAUGAUCCCAUGGGGUACGAGAGCAGCGCUGAGCGGUGGAGCCCAGUGCAGAGCGUGGAGAAGAUCCUCUUGUCAGUGGUUAGCAUGUUAGCAGAACCAAAUGAUGAAAGUGGAGCCAACGUUGAUGCCUCCAAAAUGUGGCGGGAGGACAGAGAACAGUUUAACAAAAUUGCCAAGCAGAUUGUGCAGAAGUCCCUUGGGCUUUAAAAACAAAAAAGAAAAGAAUGAAACUGCAGUGUUUUGUAUUUCUCUCCAGCUGACAGAGAGCAGUGCUUAGUGCUGAUACCAAAAAGGCAGAUUUUGCAAAAUCGUUGGCCUAAUCUUCCUCUUUAUUCUUUUUAUUAUUCCUCCCUCCUCCCCCUUAAAAAGCCUCUGGCUCACAGACUAAAACAUGUAGCAAGGGGGUACGUUAUUAGAACUCAAAAAUGGAAUCAGUCCUAUUGCAAAGGCUGUUCAAUGCUACCUCAUUCUGUUGUAUUGAAAAUUUGGAGACUUUACAAAGCAUGAAUUUGAGCCUAGCACAGUCUUAUACCCAUUUGCUGCAAUCCACCCCCUGGUCUCACCAGGAAAAUGCACAAGUGAUUGUGCAUUGCCGAGCAGUGGAAUCAGUCUUAUUCUCCCUAGUCAGUGAUUCAGAGCAAAGGUUAGUGAACGAAUACUUAAGUAGCUAGGUGGUCAGCAUAUUCACGUUUGCAGGUAUUCCCAUUUUGGCCAAUCUGCCACCAGAACUUGUUCCAGGGAAGAGGAGUUUUAGGUGACCUGCUACAACAAUCAGCUUUACAUUUCUACAUAACAUCGUACCCAAAAAUGUGUGCCGAAAGCACGUCAUUUUUAGUUGUGUGAUCUCAUUGGGAAAUUGGAAACAGUGAUGAUAGUCAACACCAGAGUUCACAAAAAGGUAGCUCAGUGAAAGAGGUUCUAAAACAAGAACACCUUCAGAUUGUUUUAAUGUAGGUAGUGAUUUUGAGUUUUUUAGCUAAGGUGACUCAUUCUAGAUGGCCAGUUCCAUCAAUGGCUGGUGCUCUUGGACCCAGCUGUUUAGAAUAACCCAGUGUUUUUGUAUCAUGCUGUCAAUCUAAAUCUAGCCUUUGAAUCUGCUUUUGCAAAGAAGAGAUCUCAGUGACUGCUGUAAUUACUCCCUAAAAAUACUUAUUGUAACUUCCAGUGUCAAUCAGAGAGGUAGGUCAGGAAAUCCAGUCUUUUCCUAAACAUUUUGGUCAGCUGUUUUGUUAGGUAACUGUUACGCUUAUAAAAAGCACACAAGAUCUUUAUAUAGGGGAAAAGGCAACAUACCACAUUUAUUGAGAAUACAACAGUUAGCAUAUGUUUUUCAGUCUCACAUACACCAGGCACACAGUCCUGCCAGUCAGUGUUAUAGUUACCAGUCCAGAGUCUGGAUCAAUCUAGUGGCCAGCCAGAUUGGUUGCAGAGGGGAGCCGGGCUCCAUCAUUCGUGAUCCAAUGCUCCUGGAGUUGUUGGCAAGAUGAACCCAAAGCCCCAUGGCAAAGCACCCUGUUCUUAUAGUUGUUCUUCUCCACUGAAGUCUAUGGAUUUUGUUGUCAGUUUGUGACCGGUUACUCCCCAGUGGGUGUUAUCUUUUGAUGGCCCAGAACACCUCCAGUCUGGUUUCGAUUCAGUCAGUUACCUUAUGUUUAAGAGUGCCAGCCUUCACCUCAGGGUCGUCAAUCUGCCCCUCCUCAACCAUGGAUGCGUGUUGAUGGUUCUCUGGCGGUCUUUGAGUCUCUUCACGUCUCCUCCCUUGGCCAUUUGGCUAACAAUGGCCUUGGCACCUUAUCUUUUCCUGAUGCAUGCAUUCCUCAUUCACACAAACAGUUCUUUACAGAAACCUUCAAAAGGUAUCAAAUAGCAGUAUUUUAUAUUGAACAAGAAAGGCAUCAUAAAUUAGAGCUUACUAAAUCUUGCAACUAUCUUUUCGUACAUUCAAAGGCCUGGGCCUUUGAAAUUCCUCUAAUCUAAUUAACAUAGAGACAGACAAGAUCUUGUCUUUUUACUUACAAGGGAAAGAAAAUGGCUAAAAGGCAAUAUCAACUAUCCUAUUCAUUUAUUCUAAUAACUUAACUCUUACUAAAAAACAUGCAAUGCAUAUAACAGAACAUAAUCAAUUAUAUAGCACAGUACCCUGGUACAACAUACCUGCAUCCUGAAACACUACGUAGGUCAUCUGUGCUCUGAAAAUCAGGGGGAAAAAUGGGCUCAGCUAGUCCUGCUGGGAAAGUAAACCCUAUCCAAGAUAUUGUGAGAUGAUCUGAAACCCUGUUCUGCCAAUACUUGAUAGAAUAGAGCAUUGACUUGAACGCUUGUCAUGACAGCCCAGAUCACCCACACUUCAGGUAGGGAAUGUUGAUUUUUGAUGGUGAUCUGAUUUAACUCUUACAUUAGCAGGAGUUGCUAUUUCUAGAUGCUAACUGCUCUUGCAUACCUAAGUCAGUGCUGGGGGAGAUCCUUAUCACUGAUGCCAUCCCCUAGAGGAUGGAAGGAUGCACACUUGCAACAUUGUUCUACUGAUCUCUCUGUAUGGUAUGCAGCAGGACAAUGAAGAACCUUCAGACUCUACUCAUUGUAGUGCCCAGACUAAAGCUGGUGUGGGGCACCUUCUGAUGCUCUUGCUUUACAACUGAACCUCUUGUCUAGGCCUGAAUCUUCUGUAGCAAAUAUGCUUAUGCUGCAAGCAAUAACAUACACCUGUGUUGUGUGUGGAAUCAAAUAUUGUUGACUAUCUUAAACAGGCUAGGAUAGGAGUGUCUCUUUUUGAAUGAAAAGAAUCAAGAAAUCAAAUUAUUGGAAUAAUUACAUUAUUGAGAGAGCUUUGCUGAAGUGAAAUAUAUGUAAAUUGUUCUCAUUUCAGUAUCUGGUGGCUUGCAGUUCAUAUUGCAUAUGCACAUGUGCUGCAUGUCACUCUAGGAUGUCAUCUUUAUCCAUCACUGAAGAGACUCGGGGCUGUGAUAACUUGCUGGAUUUACCUCCAUUAUAGGGAGUAAUUCCUCUAGGUUUGGAAGACUAGUUUUGGGUGCAGGAAGAUGAUGGAGUAGUGUUGUACCCAACUAGUAUUUGCAAAUGUACAUGAAGAUGUAGCUUUUGUAUGUGGAGUGAAGGCAUUUUAUGCACUAGAUAGAUGCAGUGUAGCUUGUGGAGUACUAUAGUCAUGUUAGGAAACAGCUUCCGAAAGGAGGGGGUUGUAUGCCUGAUUCCAGACAGAUUGUGAUCAGUCAAGAAAGGGACAUGACAGAAUUAGUCUUGUUUUAAAAGCAAAAUAUUUUUAUUCAUGUGUAUUAUUUUAUGGUGGAACUUAAUCUGUAUAUUGAAAAUAAAGUGAUAUUUUCUCCUUUCACAAAAGUAUAAGAAUGUAUUUCUCCUCAGUUGUUUCUUUCAGUGGAUGAAAAGAUAGAUAGCCAGGAGAGUCCAGCUUUGACUUGGGCCCCAUGUGGGAAAGGAUAUAGUCCACUGUCAGUAAGCCCACAGAAGAGAUCUUUAAAGACACAAAGGGGCAUAAGAAUUGCCAGGCGGGGUCAGACCCAAGUCCAUCCCAUCCAGUAUCCUGUCUCUGACAGUGGACAGCACAAGCUGCUUUAGAAGAAGGUGCAAGAAUCCUGCACUGGGCAUGAAGGUCUCCUGAUCUCUAAUAGCAACAGCUCAGCUUAGACAUAAGGUUUACUGUCCAUUCCAGGAUUUGUGUUUGCACUGGCUCUUACGACUCUGGAAACGGGCAGUUUGAUGCCCAUCUCACAUUGACUUUCAAUGGGAACUGGGCAUCCAACUCCCAGUUGUCUUUGGAAAAAUCGCCACAUCCCCCUGAAUUUGUCCUCUCAAAACGAAACCGGUAUUUUUAGUGACACGGAACACACGGAUUUCAAAGCAACUUGUUAGCAUUGAAAGGCAGGGCAGAUUUGCUACAUCAAAAUGGCUUAAAUCAUGACUAAAAUUAGUAGUAAAAACACUUUUUUUAAACCACCAAUUUUAAUAACUUGUAUUUAGAUUUUUAAAAGUUAUUUCUCAGUGUUUGGUUUGAGAGCUGAAACUUGCCUUGUUCAGGUAAUGAAAUCUGUCUGUUCUGAUUUCUCAUGUUUAUCCUAUGGCCAAAAUAGGUGGAUGUUGUUUACUGUACUACAUAAUUUAUUCCUUAAAAUAUUUAAACUACAUUUAAACAUAACACAGCGUGUUAGAAUAGUUUUGUACUAGUUGCAAAUGAAAAAUAAAACUUGUUGAUUCA